AAGGAGCCUGCAACCGCGACGCGCGCUCUGUUCUACUGCUCCAGCUUUCGCGCAGCCUGUUGCUACUCCGUACCUCUUCUUGCCGGGUGCCCAGGGUAGGUGGCCCGAGAGUGCCGGAGCCCAGGCAACCUCCCGCCUUUCUCCCCUUCCGGCGCACGAGUCCCUCCGACUACCCGGAGCGUUCUGGAGAGCGCGGACCACAGCGAGCUCCCGGAGCGCCGCGGACAGCGCGCCGAGACCCCAGGCGCCGCACGGCAAUGAACGUGACCUUCCUGAACCACAGCGGCUUGGGGGAGGUGGGCGACGUGGGCGCGAGCUCUGGGGAUGUCUUGGGUAACCGCAGCCACGGGCUGGGCACGUGGCUGGGCUGCUGCCCAGGGGGCGCACCGUUGGCUGCCAACGACGGUGUCCCCGCGGGGCUGGCACCCGACGAGCGCAGUCUGUGGGUGUCGCGCGUGGCGCAGAUCGCAGUGCUCUGCGUGCUGUCGCUCACCGUGGUCUUCGGCGUUUUCUUCCUGGGCUGUAACCUCCUCAUCAAGUCGGAGAGCAUGAUCAACUUUCUGGUGGAGGAGCGCCGGCCCUCCAAGGAUGUGGGCGCCGCCAUCCUGGGGCUCUACUGAACGCCACCCUGGCUUAUCCGCGCCAGCGCCGCUGCAAGAAGGACGAGGGAGACUAGGACUCUUGUCCCCCUCUCUGGGCUCUGCCGCCACCUCCAGGCAGGUAGCUCAAGGGGCAGCGACGUGCCUUGGGGCAUCUGGGCUGGGGACACAGCGGGACUUGCGGCGACGGCGCGGGAAGGGACUUCCAUGCCCGGCUCGGUCCUCUGUGCGCUAAAGCGUUGGAGGGUGGGAGGUUGGGGGAUGAGGGUUCUUAGCAGUUUUAUAUAUUUAAAAAAAAAGUUCGGGGCAGUGGCGGGGGUGGGGGCGGUAUGGGAUGCAAUUCGGGGCCCAGGUCGCUAGCGUGGGAGUUUUGUGUGUGUUGAUAGGUGUAAGGUAGAGGCGGGUUCCAAGCAGGAUGGGGGGAGCAUGGUUGAAGAUCUGGAGAAUCCGAGUCGCUCAGUCGCUUGUUUGGCCUGAUUUUGCAAUUUGAAAGAUAUCUUGUAAUAAAACUGCAAUCGGAGAGCUUCGGGUUUCAACUUCCCACCCGCCCGCGCGUGUAUGUCUGUGUGUGUGUGUGUGUGCGCGCGCGCGUGCGUGUGUUAGGGCGUGUGCUGGCGGGGCGGAGGGAGGAGUGUACCCUAGUGGCGGGCACUUUGAGCCUGCUGGGAAGAAUUUAGCCCCUUGUGGGGACAUCAGGCUAAGAAGCAGCUGGGCGCUCCAGGCCGGGCCUGGCCGGAGUGCAGAGAUGAAACAGGAACUGUUUUCCACGCCGACAGAGGCAGGUCCUGUGCGGCAUCCAGCGGGUGAGAUUAAUUAAACCAUUGGAAAUUUGAGUCUUCUGUGAGAUGACAUAAAAUCAGUGAGUUGAGUCCAAAAGAAGGAAAACAGUAAAUUAGAUCAAGAUAGUGAACAAGGAAAAUUCAGUUCAGCACAGGGGGAAAAGUUAGAUACAGUUAAAAAUAUUGUAAAGCCAAAAAGCCCCACCUAAGGGCUUGUAGGGGCCACCCUUAGAAUAGGUGAGUAGGGGAAGAAAUUCCAUUAUUGCUUCUGGGGGAGGGGGCAGCUGUUUGUGGUGAGGAGGGCCAGGGUGAAAAUGACCUCCCACUGCAAGUGUCUUCAGUUGUCUUGGAACUUCCCAUUACCAGAUGCCCCCAUCUGCCCCAACACCAGCCACUUCCAGCAGGUGCUAACUUCGCUUAGCCUCAGGCAGGGAGAACCUUGGCACUUGCCAGCCAAAGGGGAGGGGUGGCUCUUCCAGAGUGCUGGAGCCAGGGUGUCCAAGGAGAGAAAGCUGGGCUUUGUGGCCUGUGCCUACACCCCUUAGCCCUAGUACCCAGGCCACUCAGGCUCCCUGGUACUUGGAAGACUUUGGAGGAGUGCGCUAAUGGGUUUCUCCCUGGCUUCCCGGAGUGGAAGCGAGGGAGAACGAGGAAGAAGAUGGCUGAAUCCUUAGCUGGCUUGGGGAACAGAAGUGCCAUCUCCCCUCUUUGACACUAGUUCCUUUAGGGAUGGGGUUGGCAGGGAAUGUGUCUUGAAAGCAUCCCCUCCCUCCCCACCCCACUGCCCCAGUCUCAGACCUGGAAGGAUUUAUUCCAUUGGACAGGACAGGCUAGUAAGGUCUGAGGCCAGGUGUCUGUAGGGUGAACCCCACAAAGUGGAGAGUGUUCUACUGAUGGCCUGGCGUAACUUGUGGGGAGCCCAGCCUGAUGUGUGGAGAGCAGCCUUGAAUGCUUCAGGUGCUGGGACAUCUGGCUCACGUGCACAGGUAGUGCAGGUGUCUGCACCACUACUCCAGUCUACUACUGCAGCCCAGCUGCUCCAAUGUCCUGGAGAACAUCACUCACACAGCAAAACUCCAAAUGACUGGAAACGGGCUGCAGGGGGAGCACAGGCUUUGACACUUUUCUGCCUGGUCAAGGUAGAGUGAACACUAUGAGAACUUUCAUCUAAUAAAAUGGAUCUGCUGUGAAAUGUUACCGGGUGAGAGGAGAGUAAUGCAAGAGUUAAAUUUUCUGAAUUUGCUAAAAAAGGAAAGGCUUUGUGGGGAAGCUUUGCAUGAUUUUCUCACUAUUAAAAAACACAGUGAAGACAUUUCUGUGUACUCGCA